GUGCUCCUCGUCCCUCCUCCCCCCGGUUUCCGCUUCCGGUUCUGACGGACGCUUCGGCCGUAAAGAUGAUCGGGGACGUCCUGCUGUUCGGGACGCUGCUGAUGAAUGCCGGGGCGGUGCUCAACUUUAAGCUGAAAAAGAAGGACACCCAGGGAUUUGGGGAGGAAUCAAAGGAGCCCAGCACAGGUGACAACAUCCGAGAGUUCCUCCUCAGCCUCAGGCACUUCCGGGUCUUCAUUGCCCUGUGGAAUGUCUUCAUGAUGCUCUGCAUGAUCGUGCUGUUUGGCUCAUGAGCCCCAGGUACAGAAACAGGAACCCACCUCCCAGAUGCCGAGCCUUCCUUCCUCCACUCCUGAUGACUUCAAGGAUGGCUUUGACCUGAAAACCAGUGAUCUUCCCAGAAAGCCCAAGCUCGUGGUGGGUGGAAAAAGUGUUUGCCAAGACGCGUACAGUUUCCCAGCUACGACACUUGUCUUGACAAAGAUACUUUCAUUUUGGUUUCUGCAUUGGAAUGCUGUCUGCCUAAGGAGUUUCAGGAGGGUUUAUGUAAGGGACUGUGUGGUAGUGUUGCCUUCCGCACUGGUAAGAGAACACGUCUAGAUUGUUUGAUCCGGUUGUACUCUUCUACCAGGCUUUACCCUAGAAACCCGAUUCUGGAUAUUUGUUGGUUAAGUUUUAAUCACCACCCUUUUUGUUUUGAAUUACACAGAUUUUUAAAAUCCAUUUUCACCCAAAGAUCUGAAACCGAAAGGUUGGCUUUUUAAAGUCUGAUGCAGCCUCUGUAUUAGACCGUGUUUAUGAAUAGCAAGCAAGUUCGUUGUUGCUGGGUCUGACAGCAGGAUUGGGUUUGUGUCUAGAUUCCUUCCCUGUCCUGAUGGGCUCUGCUCAGCUGAUCAGGGCAGCCGAGGUUGUUUCCAGGUCUUUAAGGGUGAAGUAUGGUUGAUUCCCACGGAAGGGAGAUGCUGCACAGUUGGCAGGAAUGGUUGGGAGGGGGGCCAUGUUGUGAGAAUUUUUGACUUGCCUUGAAUCAUUCUGUUAAAGUAACUUUGGGGGCCAUUAAUUGUACAAUUUUCAGAAUGAGUGAUUUAUGUGGUGAUAUCGGGACCCAGUCCCAAAACUUUGGGUUUUUGUUUUUGGGUCUGCUUUUCAAGUGGGCAAUUUCAAGGUUGCAGAACAGUGGGCCUCAUUCGAGGAAAUACAGCAUUUUGCACAGAAGCUUCUCUGAAAGUGAGUCCUGUUUUAAUUGCCAAAAUGAAUGGUGUCCAGAUCCCCCAAGUGUUUGAUUUGUUUGUUGUGGUUUGUGAAAUCCUGACUUGCAGGUGAACCUGGUGGGAGCGAAAGGAAAUGCAUAGACUUUUAGAACUAAAUGGCGUUGAAAAUAAAGCCUGUUUCUGAAAAGCUUUUGUUUAUGUAUCUUUUUAGCCAAGAGCUUGACUUCCAACUUGAACCAUUUAGAGUAACUUUGUGGGAAACAGUAGGAUUCAUUUUGGAGGCUGUCCUAAAGUCAGAAAAGAGACAAUAUGAGAUUUUUCAUCUCAGAUUUUGCUUAGUACAUGUCAGGCAGGACCUGGGCAAAUAGGAUUUCCAGCUUGGAAGUAGUGAAAGAGCCAGUGGUCUCAGUGGGGUCUUGCUGGACCAGGGUCACAUCCACUUUUACUACUGCUCAGCUAAUGUCACUCUACUUCAUUGCUUCUAUAAUUUAUAAUUUAUUCCCUAGUUAAAUCGGGGCCAGAAAGCACCCUGUGGUUUGUAAGUAGCAGGGAACGUAGCUGCUGAGUUGAGCCUUGCCUGGGCGUGUUAUCUUGAUGGCAGAACAGACGUGCCAGGGUCUCUGCUGGCCAGUCGUUGAGCUGUGUGAAUGGUGUGAGGGAGCCUCUGAGGCCUGCCUUAUCCACACUGGCUCUGAGGUUUCAGUGUGGUGAGGCAUUUGUGGGGUCUGGGGAUGAGUCGUGUCCUGAGAAGAGAAUGCUGACAUUGAGAUUUGUUUUCAAUAGUUGUAUUUUUCUCCAGAGAACUACUAUCUUAUUGUUAAGUUCUUACAAGCUGUGUGUGACCUUAAGCAGUGAAAAGCAGAGGCUGCUGUACAUUUUAAGUUACAUCUCACCGAUGUGUAUCUUUACAAGGCUUUUUGAGAAUGCUCAUUAGCAUCAAAGGUUUUGGAAGUUUGAACUUAGGUGCAUAGGGUCCCUCAGCAUGUAAGCACUCAUGUUUGGGUCAGUUUGAUGUGGGUUCAAAUACCAUCUCUGCUCUUUGGCUGGUUGCUUCCCCUCUUGAAGCCUCACUUUCUGUAUCUGUAAAAUGGGCCUGAAAGUUCUACCUGCCUGGAGUGGUUGGUUGUAAGGGUCUGCAAACUGAACUGUGGGGCCAGGUGCUUGACCUGUGGAUGCCCUCACUGCCUGAGUUUUCUUCUUCUAGUCUACAUUCAUUUAUGCAUUUGGCAUAUCCACCAUUAAAGAUCAUUUAAAAAUACUGGAAACUGUUUCCAGCAUGGAAAACCUUUCCCCGUCUUCCCAUUCCCUUUCCAGAAUUUUCUCUUCACAUAUUGGUAUAAACAACAUAGGUCCUGGAGUGGAUAGAGCAGUCUGUUUUUAUUCUGGCAUUUCCUUCAUAUUCUCUGAGCCACCAGAGAGGCUUCUUGGUUCUCAUUUGAGGCGUCAAUAAAUCUCUCUAACCUUGGUCCUCUUGUAUGUACUUUGAACUUGAACUUUGUCUGCUGUUACAAAUGCCACUGCUGUCCCCAUUGUGGUGGCCUUUGACAGCUUCCCUCACUGGUUCUGCCCUGGAAGGCUGCAUCGUCAUGUGCCAACAUUGUGGCUUUAGCAGCUUUUGUUUGUUUGUUUUUUUGUCUUAAAGAGUUUUACCACCGAUGUGCAUUCCUUGUAGAAAAACCCUAAGAUAACAGUUUUGAUCUGAAGGAAAAAGCCACCCAUAAUCACACUCCCUCAGAGAGCAUCACCUGAGGUACACCUCCUUCUGGCUCUUUCUCUGCACUGUGCAUUGGAUGUGGGGCAUCCGUUUUCUUUGCACAGGUUGUAUCUUUGUAUCUUCUGGCCUGCUUGCUUGUCUUAUCUGGUGAUAUGACACAUUUUUGUAUUUUUUCCUAACAUAUCAUUCCUAAGAGCUACAAAUGAGCUGCUGUAAGGAUGUUCCGUAAUUAAUUUAACUAGUUCCCAGCUGAUGGAGACUUGGGUUGUCUCCAGUUUUUGUCUAUUAUAACUAACGCCAUGAUGAACAUCUCAGUGCGUCAUCCCUGGUGGCAUUUUUGGGUCUCUCUUAAAAAGAGAUCUACCUUGACAGCUUUGGGCUAAGAACCCCAAAGAAAAAUGCAUAUUGGACAAGUUACAUCCUUGUCUGUCUAAAUUAGUUUGUUCAUUCAUUUGUUCAUACAUACACACCGGAGAGGUUAGUUCUAGAGCCCCGUCAACACUGACCCAGGAGUGUUAUUAGGCCACUUCAGUUUGCUUAACCUGUGAGUAAGGACAAGGUUUUUCAACUCCACCCAGAUAACUGUUUCUUUGCGCAAGCAACAGCAGUUGACAUCACACCUGCUGGCUAUCCACCUUGGUCUUGAUGGUUAAGGAGCUUAACAACCAUCUAAAUAAGAAUUGCCCGCUACUCCUUGUCCUGAAGCGUGUUCCAUGGAGUCACUGCCAAGGUGAGAAGCCUCAGAUGAAGAAUGAAAAGCAGGCUGAGGUGUGCAGCACCUGUCCUGGCUGCAGACUUUGGGAUUCAUAUUGGAAACCCCCCUUUGCUUCCUCCACCCUUGUCAUCUUGAGAAAUGGAGUGUGACCCUCCUUGACAUGGGUUUCUCAUGUUUAGUUCCAGCUGCUGUCGAGCAGAAGUCAGAAACUAUGACCCCCAGGCCAAGUGCAGCCUGCUGUCCAUUUUGUGAAUAAAGUUUUAUCAGCACCCA